AUGAGCUCCCGCAGCCGCUGCAGCUCCCGCGCCUGCCGCUGCGCCCAUGCGGAGUGCAGCCGUGUGGCCAGGAGCCGCCGGUCCCGCUCGGUCGCCUCCUUCAGCUCCCGGGUGUGCAGCGGUGAAGUGGCAGCGCGGCUCUCGGGCGCGGAGUCGCUCGGCCUCCAGCUCAGCCCGCACCCUCUCCAGCUGCCGCUGCCGCUCGUCCUUCAGCAUCAGGCCCCGGCGGGGCGAGGGGCGGCUGAGCACCCCGGGCCCCCGGCCCACGCCCUGCUGGCUCCUGGCUGCGGCCAUGCCAACCACACGCCGCCACCAACAGCCGCCGAGGCUGCGCGUCGCUCCCUCCCAGCAGCUGCUGCCGCCCUUGACCGCGCAGCGCGGACACAGCGUCUGCAGCCGGCCGGGCUGGGCGAGCGUGGCCUCAGCCCCGGGUCCUGGCCCCGGCACACAAAGCGGGUCCUCAGAGCGCAGCCCAGCUACUGUGGGAGUGGGCCAGUCCCCAGAAGGCAAAAGCUGGAGGCUGUUUCCUCCCCUUCCACGUCCAGCAGGAUAAGAAGGUGCAGGCAUCAGGAGCCGCCACCCCCGGAGCAGCUGGAGCUGCAGCUGGAGCCGGAGCCAGAGCAGCAGGAGCAGGCAGCGCGAGAUCAGGAGCAGCGGCAGUGCCAGCAGCCUCAGGAGCAGCAGCAGUGUGCUGGGAUCGCUGUGGGCACCCAGCAUGGAAUGAAGAACCAAACUGCUGUCAGAGAGUUCAUUCUCCUGGGAUUUUCCUAUGGGCUGCAGGUUCAGACGUCACUUUACCUGAUCUUUCUGGCCACCUACAUGGUAACAAUCACUGAGAAUGCCAUUAUUAUCUUUGUGGUGAAAAGGAACCGUCACCUCCAAAAGCCCAUGUGUUAUUUCCUGGGGAACUUGUCCUUCCUGCAGAUUUGUUAUGUCUCAGUAACACUGCCCAGGCUUUUGCUUGGGUUCCGGUCCCAGAGCAUGACCAUCUCAUUCUCCGGCUGCAUGACCCAGUUAUACUUCUUCAUCUCCCUUAUGUGCACUGAAUGUGUCAUCUGUGACCACUAUUUGGCUGUGUGCCAUCCCCUGCGCUAUCCAGCCAUCAGGACGCACAAGUUGUGCCUUCAGCUGUUGAUUCUCUCAUGGGCAGGAGGCUUUUCCAUCUCCUUGGUCAAGGUGUCUUUAGUUUCACAACACGUCACGAACCACUUCUUUUGUGACAUCUCUCCCGUCCUGAGCCUUUCCUGCACUGACACGUCCCUUGCAGAGACAGUGCACUUUGUGUGAGCCUUGGUGGUCCUGCUGAUACCUCUCCUGAUCAUUGUUUUCUCCUACUGCUGUAUCCUGUCAACUAUCUUGUGUGUCUUCAGUGCAGGGAAGGAGAAAGCCCUUUCCACUGGUACCUCCCAUUUGGCUGUAGUCAUGAUCGUUUUCUCGGCCACUCUCUUCAUGUACGCCAGGCCCAGGAGGAUCCAUCCGUCCAAACUCAACAAAACAGUGUCUGUCUUUUGUGCUGUGUUCACUCCAGCACUGAACCCUCUGAUCUAUUGUCUGAGGAACAAGGAGGUGAAAGAGAGUCUGAGAAAGACCACGGGCACAAGCUGCUUUGCACACCAGUAAGUUCUGAGGAUAAGGAUACGGAGGAACAUGAGAGGAGUGACAAGUGUCCUUCUUGAAAUGUGGUUGAGUAAACCUCUACAGCUUGUUCAUCACUGACUCCGUCAUCACUGACUCAUUGCACUGAAGCCCGGCAAGGAAGAAAUGGUAUGUGGAAAUGUCUCCUUCCCAUUCGUGAGCGCUGUGACGCUGAAUAUUCUGCUACAGUAUCAAUAAAAUAAGCCAUAAUAGGACUUUGGCUGAUGGAUUAUUUCCUUUUGAAAAUCCUAAACCCUAGAUUUAUAGUUUUCAAAACCAUGUAGGA